AUGGCAGUCCUCCACACUGCUAGGGCUCACGCCCAACGGCCAAGGACAACUACAAGUACAUGGUUGGUGUGGGUGUGGGACCGGCCGGAGCCUGUUUCUAGAAGGAGGGAGGGUCUGGAUGCAUUAACGCACAGAGAACGGACGCCGAACGGGUGCAGCAGACGUGCUCACGAGCUGCCUCGCCACCUCGCCCCCCUGUGACCGCUCUCCGAAGCGCCGACUAGACUACUGGUGUAUUUGCUGCACGUAGGGGAAUGGGAGGGAGAGACACCGCUGUGCGGAGAGCUGUUCAUAUAUCUGACGAUGGGCGGGGGGAUGAAAGCAAGGGGAUCGCGUGGGCGCCGGGUGGCGAGGAGGAAGAUAAUGCUUUGUUAGAUUCACCAGGAGAUGACGGCGCCGCGGACGGGAACAUAAACGUCGGGGGGAGGACUGGAAUAGCCGGCACCGAUCGCACGGUUGGCUGGAGGGGACCAAGGCUUCCCCGGCCAGCGAGGGCCUUUUCUGCGCUGCUGCUUGUCUACGUGGUCGUGGCUCUGGGAAUCUUGUUCAUCCCGACGAGAUGGCGGGACAUACACGCCUAUGGCGGCCAGGACCAACGGCGACAUUUCGCGUUCAACCCGGACUGCCCUUACAUCCUUCGAACGCCAGGGGAAAGGUUGAGAAUGCGCGACCCAGCCAUUCCGGGCAACGUUCUCACCAUCAAUGACUUUCGUUUCGGCCGCCUGGGAAACCGCUUCUGGGCUCUCGGGGUGAACUUGAAACUUGGCUACUGCUGCAAGUCGAAGCUGGUGUCAUUGCCUGCAAAGGACGACACGCUGGCGCCUGGUAUUUUUGGUGAGGGGACCCCCGGACCCCGGUGGUAUGACUUCACCAACGCUCCGGAUGUAGAGGGAUUCGACGCGUCUAGCUGCCCAGCGGAUAUCACGUGGGGCGGGAGAGAAGCUUUCCACCUUCUCGGAUUGGACAACCCGAGCCACCCCUACUACAGCCCGAACCUGAGCACCUGCGUCGAGACGGUGCCGAGGCUGACCGGGUGCGAGGCCGCCUACUUCUUCCCGAUGGGCGUCGACGUCUGCCUCUCGGACAGAACGGCCACUGGCGAUGUUGUGCAUGAGCAACGCGGCAAUGGGGCGAGCGGCCGAUCGGGUCCAGGGGUGAAAAAGAACCUGGUGGGUAGCGAGGAGGAGGAGGGGCGGCCAGCAAAUACACUCGUGAUUCACGUCAGGUCCGGGGACAUCUUCGUCGAUCCAGCGGCACCAGGGUAUGGGCAGCCGCCGCUGCAGUACUACGUGCGGGCCAUUAAACAUCAGAAAUGGGAUCGUGUUGACAUCGUCACCAACGGGCGCACGAAGAAGAUGAACGUCAUGAAUCCAGUAAUCCCGGCACUCGAAGUAAUGUUCGCAGAAGGCGAGCUCACCGGCAACAUAUAUUUUCACAAGGACCGGACGAUGGAGGAGGACUUCUUGUCGAUGAUGUGCGUUGGCGGUGGCCUGGUGACGGCGAGGUCCUCGUUGUCGCUGCUCCUUGCGCACCACUCCUCGGCGUCAAGGUUGUACUUCCCCAGGCCAUGCGCAGGGUCGCUGGAGUUUUACACCCGCGGGUCGCCCGAUGCGUCGCUGAAUGACCUUGACGACGAGUUGCAAGCGGUGAAGGUAUACGGUGUAAAACCCCCCGGCAUGGAACGCUACAGCCUUGAUGUGAGCUGGAACAACACGGCGGACCAAGUAAAUGAAAUGCUGACGUUUAACGUCAGUAGCUUCGAGCAGUGCGGCGGCUCCAAGUCGAGUGCGUUGCGCGGCGGCGAGUGAUCGCAGGGUUCAACCGCCUAUUUUUUCUCACAUAUUCUUUGCACUUUGCCAAAUUUGCCGGCUUUGUGGAAGGAGUCUACUCUAAAAACGAACAAAGCUAGGCUCAUAUUGAUUUCACUGGUUGGUGACGUCGUACUCGAGUACGCACUGGCUAUUGUACGUACCGGUGUUGGAAUCUCGCAAAUACAUAUUGUUGGUGUUGUUUGGUUAUUUGUUAUGGUCAAUAUUAAAGUUAGAGGCGAAUGGUUGAUGUUGUGCUAUUUGUGAAAAAGUUUAAUUUUUGUUUCGACGUGCAUUCCAUACUGAGCUUCAAUUUCAGUGGUUCCCG